GUCCACACUAGGUGACACUGUCAGUCUCCAUUCCCUUUGUGCAGUUGUAAUCAUUCGUUUUUCUCUCUCUUGAGUUUCCACUUUCCAAAUACAUGUGCCCCAUUUUUCCAUCUUUAAAGAUAUGAUUUGAAUUGAUGAUAUUAAUUUGUUGCGGCCAACUAAACUGCUCUUCUCUCACAUCAUUUAAGGCAUCUAUUCAAUCCUGCACACUCAUUAUUAGUAAGAAAUUUAUGUCUUCAACACCUUAUAACCGGUAGCUUCGCACAGCCGUUCCUAAUUGGUUUACUGCCUGCAAGCUGUUAGAGAGAGAGAGAGGAAUGGGUUCAAUUAGCGCCCCUCAAAAGGCUUCCAACUAUGAUGAAAUCUUCAUGCAGCGUAGUUUGCAGUUUGCAGAAAGCUUAAAGGAUCUAAAAGUUUUGAAGAAUCAGUUGUAUUCAGCAGCAGAGUAUUUUGAGUCUUCCUACGAUAAAGAUGAUCACCAAAUACUUGUGAUGGAAUCGUCGAAAGAUUAUGUUACCAAAGCUCUCGUGAGCACUGUCGACCAUUUGGGGUCUAUAGCUGAUAAACUCAACAAAUUCUUGGAUGAAAAGGCUAAUGAAUUCUCUGCCACGAAUAUUAGGUUUUCUUGCAUUCAACAGAAACUAAGCACGUUUGAAGGAUUCAUGGACUUGAGAGGUGUAUCACAACACUCGUUGAUGGUAGAAGCUCCCAAGCACCAUAAACAGUAUAUUGUUCCAGAGUAUUUCCAAAUUGAGAAAUCGAAGUUUAUGUAUAGAAAUCGCCCCUUGCAUCCCCAGUAUGAUAUCAAUCAUACCAAGAAAGAUAAUCCAUCCGCUAGAGCUUUUCAAGCAGCACGACUAAAGCCUCAACCACCAUUAUCAAGAAAAGGAUACCCGAGGGUUCCUUCAGACGAAUCAUCUCAAAAUUCUGCCCACUUUUCUUUCACGCGAGCCAUGUCUAAGAAAGAAACGGGGAACCGUUCAGUUUCACCACUUAGUUUCCCCCUCAAGAGAUCUGGAUCGGCUGCUAACAGAUCAGUCUCUCCUACCCCCUUAUACAGUAGUCAACAGAUGCAAUGGCAGAGUCCAUCAGAGCCGCGAAGAGCUAUGUCAGUGCACAGAACAGCUGAUGCGAAGCGGGAAGGACAGAUUGUAGAGUCCUAUGCCAAAAGAAGUAAGAAUCUGUUCAAAGCUUUGCUUAAUGCUCACCGGUCAAGAAAGGAGAAUCAUAAGCUGCAAACGAUGUAUAGAUAGAUAGAUAGAAUCCUCUUUUGGGCACCAUACAUUUCUUUUCAAGGCGGCUAUAUAAAUUCAAAGUUAUGGUUGUAAUAAAAGGUUCCUUGCUUAUGCUACACUGUAGCUAGUUGAUAGUUGAUUGCAUGUUGCUUGAACAGGUUUAGAGUUUGCAGAGAAGAAUUGAGUUUCUUCUGUCAA